AUGGCGGAGGAACUGUUACCGGAGAGCGAUGCGAAAAUGCACGGGUCUCUCACGAGGUCACUGCUGGCAGUGGCUCUCCUGUCCUCGCUCGGCAGCUCCUUGCUCUAUGGCUACAACUUAGCUGUGGUCAACUCUCCUGCACAGUACAUCAAAGCCUUCUACAAUGAGUCAAUCAUCGAUACCUACGACUGGAUUCCAGAUGAACAGUUCCUAACUGUAUUAUACUCCAUCACUGUGUCCAUCUUUGCUAUUGGAGGGAUGACCGGGGCUCUGCUGGUGGGAAAGCUAGUCACAAAAUAUGGAAGGAAAGGGACGCUGGUGAAAUCCAGUGUGCUGGUGUUUAUAGCAGGAGCUAUGAUGGGCUUCAGCAGAUGGUGCCGGAUGCCAGCGAUGGUCAUCUUUGGACGCUUCAUCAUGGGAAUACACUCAGGAAUCUCUCUCAGUGUGGUGCCGAUGUACCUUGGGGAGAUCGCCCCCAAGAACCUGCGAGGCUUCCUGGGCCUGAUUCCCAGCAUCCACAUCUGUCUCGGCGUCUUCAUCGCUCAGGUGCUGGGGCUCCACGAACUGCUGGGAGAGGAAAAGCACUGGCCUCUGCUGCUGGCCCUGGUGGUGCUUCCUACCCUAGUCCAGGUGAUGCUGUUGCCAUGGUUUCCAGAGAGUCCACGGUACCUGUUGAUAGAGAAGGGAAAUGUGCACGCCACCAUUGCAGCACUAAAGUGGUUCCGUACUAAAGGAAACAUCCAGGCAGAGGUUGAGGAGAUGCAGGAGGAGCAACGCUCUUUAUCGUCCAUCCGGACCAUCUCUGUCUGGGGCCUGCUCAGGGACCGCUGUGUCCGCUGGCAGGUCAUCACCAUUAUGGUGGUCAACGUCGGCAUGCAGCUGUCAGGCAUCGACGCGAUCUGGUUCUACACAAAUGAAAUAUUCAGUAAUGCUGGGAUCCCAGAGCCUCAAAUUCAGUACACAACAGUGGGAACUGGAGCCAUUGAGGUCAUCUCUGGGGUGCUGGGGUGUUUCACCAUCGAUCGUGUGGGCAGGAGACCUCUGAUGAUUGGCGGCUUCCUCUUCAUGGGAGUGUGCUGUGCAGGAAUCACUGUGUCCGUCCUCCUCCAGACGCAGCUGCCCUUCAUGCGCUACAUCAGUGUGGGCUGCGUUGUUGGGAUCAUCGCAGGCUUCUGCAUAGGUCCAGCUGGCGUGCCGUUCCUGAUCACAGCAGAGCUGUUUAAGCAGUCGCACAGACCGGCUGCCUACACUGUGGCUGGUUGCCUCAACUGGCUGUCCAACUUCACCAUCGGCUUCGUCUUCCCCUUCCUAGAGGACGCUACAGGUCCUUACUGUUACCUGAUCUUCUGUGCGAUCUGCUUGGGCGUGGCCCUCUACACCAUCUUCAUCAUUCCUGAGACCAAGAACAAAACCUUUAUGGAGAUCAGUCAGAUGUUCGCUGCAAGGAACAAGGUACACGAAGAGGAGCUGACUGCCAACGGUCAUUUGAAAAUGGCUAUGAUGAAUGGCUACGGAACCCUCGGCCACCGUGACGAAAAAUAAGAGCCCAUAGAGAAAGAACGUAGAGGUGGACCUUCAACGAAGGUUUCUUUGAUUAGUACGACCCAGACAAACGUGGAACUAUGGCCACAAGAUGAGGUAGCAUUCCUCGUUUCCCUCAGUGGUUAAAAGGUCACACAUUUGCUUUUUGUUGCAUUUUUACACUGUUGAGUUCAAGGUGAAUGCCUUGACCAAAAAUGUUUGUUUUGUAUUUCUUUUCGUCCC